CAGAGGUUACGUACCUUCUACAACCUCUUCUACAUUUUCAUCAUCGCUGUCCAUGCUGCAGGAGACCGCUGUGACCACACCACGGCUUCGACUGCUUUUCCUGCCACCCAUGUGGCGUCGUUUGGGGACGCAUGUCCUCCUCCACUAUCUGUGAACGUCCUGUGUGGUCUUCCUCUUUUCCUCAUGCCGGGCGGCUUCAUUUUCAACAUCCACGUGCAAACUUGUGCGAUGGAAACAGACUCCCCUCUUUUGUUGGCUGCAGUGUCCCUGCUGUCAGCUCUGCACAUGGGCUACCUGACUCGGCGGGUAGGAAGAUCCAGGAUGGCUCACAACAUCUUACCUCCUGUUGUCACUGGACCUCCAGAAUUUGAGAGGACAUUUCGUGCACACCAGAACUGUGUGGAGUUCUACCCUCUCUUCCUGGUGUCGCUGUGGACCUGCGGUACCUUCUUCAGUGAGGUGUUUGCAGCUGCAGGAGGGCUGGUCUACAUGGUCGCUCGACAGAUGUAUUUCAGCGGAUAUGUCACAUCCGCCAAGAAAAGGUUACCUGGCUUUAUUCUGAAUUUGGUUGUCAUCGGCAUUCUGUCUCUGCUGGGUUCGAUUGGAGUACUGCAUGGAAUACUAUAUAAAUACUUUCUUAUCUAACUUUGAAAAAUGUCAUCAAACUGUGCAAACCAACAAAUAAAGUUCUUUGUAUUUGGCA